AUGAACUUACUCACGAUUUUCGGGUUUUAUUUUAUUUGGACAGUGCCAUUGUCUUUGUGUCAGGAAUACAAUGAUUAUUCCUCAUUUAUUAGCGCGAAUGCCUCAUUGGCCGUUGUUGUUGAUCAGGAUUAUAUGCGUGAACAUAAUGUGAAUAUAAUGGCUCAUUUUCAAAAGAUUUUAAGUGAUACGAUACGCGAAAAUCUUAAAAAUGGUGGCAUUAAUGUAAAAUAUUUUACUUGGAGUGGUGUGCGUUUGAAGAAGGAAUUUCUGGCUGCUAUGACAGUAAUGAGCUGUGAAAAUACUUUGAAAUUUUUCAAAGCUACUCGAUCGAAUUCAAUUUUCUUAAUAGCCAUUACGGAUACCGACUGUCCCCGUCUACCCCUCAACGAAGCAUUAAUGAUACCUUUUGUGGGUCGAGGUGAAGAAUUUCCUCAAAUGAUUCUUGAUGCCAAAGUGCAAAAUAUUCUACCCUGGAAGACGGCUGUUGUCAUAAUGGACGAAACAUUGGUCAAUGAGAAUAACAAAUUGGUGGAAUCUGUAGUUCACGAGAAUACCAAAAGCAAUGUAGUGCCCAUAUCCCUAUAUCUCUAUAGCAUCAACGAUCAUCUAAGGACCCAGAAGAAGCGCCAAGCCAUUCGUGAGGCCCUAAUACCAUUUCAAAAACACCCUAGGGAAUAUCAGCAAUUUAUUGUAUUCUCCAAAUUCUAUGAAGACAUCAUAGAGAUGGCCGAUAACAUGGAUAUGUUUCAUGUCAAUAAUCAAUGGUUGUUUUUUGUUCUAGAAGACCAUUUAAGAACAUUCGAUCACAUGGCUGUGACACAAAAUUUGGCCGAAGGUGCCAAUAUAGCGUUUGUUUUAAAUGAAACAUUGCCCAAUUGUUAUAACUCCUUAAAUUGCACCAUUCAAGAAUUAUCGAUGGCCUUUGUCUUGGCUAUAUCGAAAUUGAUCACAGAGGAGCAAGUGAUUUAUGGAGAAAUUUCCGAUGAGGAAUGGGAAGCUUUGCGUUAUACUAAGAAAGAGAAACAGGAUGAUAUUCUAGUCACCAUGAAGGAAUAUCUGAAGAAUCACAGUAAAUGUUCCACUUGUUCCAAAUGGCGUGUGGAUACAGCUUUAUCUUGGGGUAAAAGCCAAGAACAUAAUAAAGGGCACACGGAAUCUUUUGAGAACCGUAACAAAUAUUUUGAUUUUGUAAGCAUUGGCUAUUGGACCUACGUCUUGGGAUUUGUUACCCAUGAAUUGGCAUUUCCGCAUAUUACCCACUAUUUUCGAAACAUAACCUUGGAUAUAAUAACAAUUCAUAGUCCUCCCUGGCAAAUUCUAAAAAAGGAUAGCAAAGGUAAAAUUAUUGAACACUCCGGCAUUGUCAUGGAAAUUCUCAAGGAGCUAUCACGAAUGCUAAAUUUUUCGUAUGUUCUACAUGAUGCCUCUGCCAUUGAUCCUCAUGAUGAGUUGCACAAUCAAAAUGAGACUGAUGGUCUUUUGGGCUCCUUAACCUACAUAAUUCCCUAUCAAGUGGUUGAAAUGUUGCAAGCUAAUAAGUUUUUCAUGGCAGCUGUUGCGGCAACAGUCGAUGACCCCGAUAAGAAACACUUUAACUACACUAUACCCAUAAGUGUUCAGAAAUAUUCAUUUAUCUCCCGCAGACCAGACGAGGUUAGCAGAAUUUAUCUUUUCACUGCCCCAUUUACAUUAGAGACUUGGGCUUCGUUGGUCGGUGUGAUAAUCAUAACAUCGCCCAUUCUCUUUGUCAUAAAUCGUUUGGUGCCGAUGCAGCAUUUAAGGGUCAAAGGAUUUUGUACCAUGAAAAAUUGUUUUUGGUAUGUCUAUGGUGCCCUAUUGCAACAAGGUGGUAUUUAUUUACCCCAAGCGGAUAGUGGACGUUUGGUCAUUGGCUUCUGGUGGAUUGUGGUCAUCGUGAUUGUCACCACUUACUGCGGCAAUUUGGUGGCCUUUCUCACAUUUCCCAAAUUUCAGCCGGGGUUGGAUUAUUUCUUUCAGCUUGAUAGGCACAGUGAAUACCAACAGUAUGGCCUAAGAAAUGGAACCUACUUUGAGAAAUAUGCUGCGUCUUCAACACGAUCCGAAUUUCUCAAGUACAUGGAAAAAGCCAUUAUUUACAAUAAUCCCCAUGAGGAAAAUAUCGAAGCCGUUAAGAAAGGAGAACGUGUCAACAUUGACUGGCGCAUAAACCUACAAUUAAUUAUUCAAAAGGAUUUCGAGAAAGACAAAGAAUGUGCAUUUUCUUUGGGCAAGGAAAAUUUUCUCGACGAACAAAUAUCUAUGAUGCUGCCAAGUAAUAGUCCAUAUUUGAUUUUGAUAAAUGAGCAAAUAACCCGACUUAGCCAAAUGGGGUUUAUAGAAAGAUGGCAUCAAACUAACCUGCCAAACAAUAAGUGUAAUGGACGUGGAGUUAUGCGACAGAUAACCAAUCACAAAGUGAAUUUAGAUGAUAUGCAAGGAUGCUUUUUGGUCUUACUUCUAGAUGGCAAGAACGGCACCACGCACUUAACGCAUUUGAAUAUUUUGGCUCGACGAAGCAGAGUUCCCUGCAGUAAAGAAAUGUUGGAUAGGCCUAUAUAUAAUGACGUUGUUGAAGAUAACAACAAAAAGAGUGCAAACAAAAAUCUGAAAUCUUAAUACUGUCAAACCUGGCCGGCUGUUAACAGCUGUUUGCGUGAUACCGCCUUUUUAAAUCCGCCUUGGUGUCGCAAAAUAAAAUUGAAAAGAUGUGUUGCCUUACUGUAAUUUAUUAGACAGUUUGACUCAUGAGGUCAGUCAUGAACACUGCUGCCGUUUUUUGGAUCUCUUUUUGCCCUAUUCGUCAUACUUUCGGAACACAUUUACCAACAAUGGCAGCUAAAAUACGCCAACAGAAACC